CAAAAUGGCGGCGGCCGUUGGUGUGGGGUCUCGGUUGUAGUUCCGUUGCUCUACUCCUCCCGUUGCAAAAUGUGAAAAGAGAAGCGGCUGGUGGAGGGCGUCCUACGCAAUGAGUCGGCGAAGGAAAUAUGGGGACAGCCCUGGCCUGAAGAACACGCCGCGCAAAGCGGCGGCGACUGAGGAAUGCAGCUCGGUGGUCGAAACGGGGAAGAGGCGGCUGAGGUCGGCCCGCGGUUCAGGGCCCUGUGGGGCUGGAGAGAGGCCUCCCCGGCCCCUGCCGCAGCAAGAGCAGCCUCCAGUAGCCGCUUCGUGCAGUAAAAGUAACCCCGAGGGUGAGACGUGGGCAGCGGGGCCUCCCUGGGCUUCGGUGCCGCAGCUUCAGAAGCCAGCUCGUGACCGGGAAACCCCGGGUGCAGAAAUGUAUGAAACACCAAAGAGAAUGCUGCAAAUGGAUUUAUUGUCAUCUACCUUCAGUUCUCCUAAUGAUCCAGAUGGACAGAAUGAUAUCUUUUGGGAUCAGAAUUCUCCAAUGACAAAACAGUUAGGUAAAGGAAGAAAAAAGCAGAUUUACACCACAGAUAGUGAUGAAAUCUCACAUAUUGUUAAGCGUAUUGCUCCUCAGGAUGAGAAACCAACAACAGACUCCAUGCUGGGCGUGUGGAUUGGUGCAACUGCUAUUCCUUGCACUCCUAGUGUAGCAAAAGGAAAAUCAAGAGCAAAACUCAGCUGCGCAAAGUUAAAAUCACAAAAUCAGGAGGAGGAACUUAUGAAAUUGGCUAAGCAAUUUGAUAAAAAUAUGGAAGAGCUAGAUGUGAUUCAAGAGCAAAACAAGAGAAAUCAUGAUCUUAUCCAGAUGAUUUCAGAAGCAGAGACUUUAAAUAAUUACAGAGAUAGUGUACAGACGCAGUUGCUACAUGAUAUAGUUCCUGAAAUCGAUAAUGCUAUGAUAAAGAAGCCAGUGAAAGAAAACAGGAUAUUUGUAGUAAAUGAUCAAAAUAGCAGUCAGAAGCCAUUUGACCAAAACGCUGAAGCAGCCUUUAUCGCCAUUUUUGAUGGUUCUACUCAGAAAUGUAGUGGACGGUUAAGCCAAGAUCUGUCAGAUGCUUUCUUGAACACCAGUAAUACUACCUUUGGAAAGAAAAACGCUUUGAAAGAGGAGAACAUCAUUACUAAUGAAACUCUGGUCACUGAAAAACUGCCAAAUAAAACCAAAGGAUCACUUUCUCGUCAAGUAGAUAAUCCUGGAAUGACAAAAUCACAUGUGACUUCCUGUACUAAGGAACCAGGAGCUUUUAAUAAGCACAUUGAUACAUUUACUACCAGUGAUUUUGAGGAUGAUUGGGAAAACUUACUAAAUAAUGAACCUUUUGUUAUGCAAAAUAUUGAAAUGUCUGAACUUUUCCCUGCCCCUGAAACAGCCCAGAUUACUGAUCAAAAGGAAAUUUGUACCUUUAACAGUAAAAAUGGUAAAAGUAAGUCAGGAAUGAAUACAAGUCUAGAUACCAGGUUAAGAGAUUCAAAAAUUUUACAACAUCUUCCUUCAAAGACAUGGAACAGUGAAUUAACAGAUGCUGCAAAAUACAGAUUUUCACCAAAGCCGAAUGAUAAACAAAAUAAAUUAUCAUCCACUGGAAAUAAAUUGGAGAAAUCUUUUAAUACAAUUGUUGUUCAAGACAAAAUUCAAGACUGUGCAGUUGCAUCUAAUCUGGCAAAAGUAAAUGAAGAUACUCAUAUUAAAUUUACUUCUAAUGUAAAUGCUUCUGAAAAAAAGUCUACUUUGAACCCAGGAUGUUCUGAUGAACAAAAAAAUAAGUCCAUUUUUAAUCAGUCUUUGAAGGCACCUACUAAUGUCGAGCCUUUAGGCUCUGCAACUUUGGGCAAUAAAACCAGUGUUUGUAACCCAAAUCAGACUAAUGCAUCAAAGCUUAGUUCUUUCUUUGAUGAUUGGAAUGAUACAUCAUUUACCAAUGAAAUUGUUAAAGCCUGUCAUCACUUAGAGAAUACCUGGGAAGCAGAUGAUGUAGAUGAUGAUUUAUUAUACCAAGCAUGUGAUGAUAUUGAAAGACUAACUCAGGAACAAGACAUUAGAGUGGACAGCAAGACAUCAGAAAGUGUACUUGGGAUCAAUAAUAGUUCUAAACAUGGAGCCAAAAAUGUGUUUACUACACCUAAACAAGGAAGUCAGUUGGUGCAAUCAAAGCAUUUGAAUCUGAACAGCGUUUCAGUGCAAACAUCUUCAUUGACAGAUAGCUUACAAAUAAAUAAAUCAAUGAAGAUGGAGAAAAGGGAAAUUUGUGGAAAUUCUCCCGGAUUUUUAGGUGCCACGACAAAUUUGACUAUAUAUUCUAAGAACUCAAAUUGUCAGAUCAAUAAUCUGCAUGUCUCUUGGAAUAACACUGAUGUUCCAAAACAAGUGAAUAGUUCCAAAUCGGUUCUUACAGGAAAUUCAAGUUUGAAUGUGAGUUCAGAUCAUGUGAGUACAGAAAUUGCUGCUAAUAAGAAGAAAUUGAGUACUCCACAUCUGUCGCAUAGCACCGUAACAGAUGAAGCUCAGAGUGACCUUAACAGAACAGUGAGAUUUUCUAAGUACACGUUUAUAAAGAUGAAAAAUUCUCAGAUUCUUUCUCAGUUUAAUAACAAUUGUAUAACAGGAAGUAUUUCUGGUACCAAAAUCACACAGGGUUUGCAGAAAAAUAAAACUGUCAACCCAUUAUGUGGGAAGGCUUUUCAACAGCAGUCUUUGGUGAAAUUUUCUGAAUCUUUGAAACAAACUUCAAAAGAGGAAGAAGAGAAAAAUAGAAAGUAUUCUCCUGAAGAAAUUCAGAGAAAAAGACAAGAAGCACUGGUUCGAAGAAUGGCCAAAGCACAGGCAUCAUCUGUAAAGAAAGACAGCUCCCACUUAACUUGAUUUCUUUAAUGAAAUGUUAUUUCAGAGAUUCUCAGAACUUAUUCAUAACUGAAAGUAUGUACCUUUUGACCAACAUCGGUGGGUUGAUUUUAAUUGACACCUAGGACAACAAGUUGUUCUAACUGAGAAUUCCCACGGCAAGGACAGUGAGCUAGCAUUUGUUCGGAAAGGCCUCACUCUGGCUGUUCAGCUAUAUUAUCUCUGAUCUACACUUGAGGCUUUGCUAAUUUGUAUAAUGAACAUUUAAAAUGUCUUUUCAGUUGCAAAAUUAGUGCUUGUUAUUAGCGUGUGAAUGUUAAAAGUGGGCUUUCAAUGGUCAGAUUACUGGGGUUCAGGAUAUAUACAGCAACUGAACUAUUUAGGGAAAUCCCUGCACUGGCAUGGAUUAAACUGCAGCCAGCCUAUCCUGAGGGAUGGCUCAGACAGACAUGUAUUUACACCUCUGUGUCAUAGAGUAAGUACAUAUCCUUAAUGUCAUUAGAUAAUGCCAAGCUGUUUCCUAUAAAUGUGCACCUUUUACAGUUCCAUCACACUUUAAAAUGCUUGACAAUCUGUUGGCUGUGUACUAACAUCUUAUUCUGGUUUUAAUUGGCAAUUUCCCUACUACUAGCAAAAUAGAGCCCUUUUUCAUAUGUUUAUAUACCAUCUGAAUUUCCUCAAUUAUGAGUUGCUUGUAUAGACACUUUUCUGUUGGGUUGCCCGUUUUUGUUUUUUGUUUUUUGUUUUUUUCACACACACACACUGUAUUUUUACAAGAGCUAAAUAAACUGACACCAAGCAUUGUAAAUGGAUGACCACAACAAAAGCAACAAUGAUUGCAAUUACCAAACACUAAACACACUCAUACUAUGUCAUAAUAUUGACAUUCAGUCCAGUAAUCCACCACUGUAACAGCUCCUUUACUUUGCAGUGAAAAUUGAUUUGUAUAUUUUUUGCCUCUGAGUCCUUGUGGAAUUUUUUUUUUUUUUUUAUUCAAACAGAAAAUCACAAAAAUUAUAAUCAUCCUCAUCAGGUC